GAUGUUUCUCGUGCUUCCCGUGUCGUCCUGAUAUACACUGAGGACAUGUGAUCAUCAGAGCAGAGAGCAGACAGACAGGAAGACAGACGGCCAGAGAGACGUCUGUCUGGACAUGGAUCAGCUGUUGGUGCUGGUGCUGUUGCUGUGGAGCUCAGGACUCCAGGCUGAAGGACAACAAGACUCAACAGAGCCUGUCAGGUUGGUGGGAGGAGACAGACGCUGUGCAGGAACACUGGAGCUGAAACAUCAGGGACACUGGAGACCAGUGGAGGACUCUGACUGGAACCUGAAGGAAGCAGCUGUUGCCUGCAGAGAGCUGGACUGUGGCUCUGCUGUUUCUGUAGGACGGAGAGAGGAGUCCUCAGAGAGACCUGUGUGGGAGAUCAACUCUCACUGUGUUCAGUCUGGAUCUGCUCUGAGGGAGUGUGCAACAUCAGAUACAUCAACCUUCAUUUUGAAUCUCACUUGCUCAGUCCACUUUGAAUCACUGAAUUAUUCUUUCAUCACAUCUUCUUAUUCUUUGUCUUCUCUCUCUGUCUUAUCUUCUAUCAUCUCUCCAGACUCUGUCAGGCUGGUGGGUGGGACUCGUCUGUGCUCAGGCAGACUGGAGGUGAAGUCUAACCAGUCUAACCAGUGGGGGUCCUCAGUGUGUGAAGCUGACUUUGACCUGCAGAAUGCAGAGGUGGUCUGCAGGGAGCUUGGCUGUGGGGCUCCUUCAGUCCUCCAGGGGGCGCUCUAUGGAGAAGUGGAGGCUCCAAUGUGGACCAAAGAGUUCCAGUGUGGAGGCCAUGAGUCUGCUCUCCUGGACUGUAGAAGCUCAGGCUCAGAUAGAAACACCUGCUCACCUGGCAAAGCUGUUGGACUCACCUGCUCAGAGCCUGUCAGGUUGGUGGGAGGAGACAGACGCUGUGCAGGAACACUGGAGCUGAAAAUCAGGGGACACUGGAGACCAGUGAUGGUCUCUGACUGGAACCUGAAGAAAGCAGCUGUUGCCUGCAGAGAGCUGGACUGUGGCUCUGCUGUUUCUGUAGAAAGGAGAGAUGAGUCCUCAUACAGAUCUGUGUGGAGGAUCCACUCUGACUGUGUUCAGUCUGGAUCUGCUCUGAGGGAGUGUGCAAGAUCAACUAGAUCGCCCUCCAUUUUUAAUCUCACCUGCUCAGACUCUGUCAGGCUGGUGGAUGGGACUCGUCUGUGCUCAGGCAGACUGGAGGUGAAGUCUAACCAGUCUAACCAGUGGUGGUCCUCAGUGUGUGAAGCUGACUUUGACCUGCAGGAUGCAGAGGUGGUCUGCAGGGAGCUUGGCUGUGGGGCUCCUUCAGUCCUCCAGGGGGCGCUCUAUGGAGAAGUGGAGGCUCCAAUGUGGACCAAAGAGUUCCAGUGUGGAGGCCAUGAGUCUGCUCUCCUGGACUGUAGAAGCUCAGGCUCAGAUAGAAACACCUGCUCACCUGGCAAAGCUGUUGGACUCACCUGCUCAGAGCCUGAUGCUGUCAGGUUGGUGGGAGGAGACAGACGCUGUGCAGGAACACUGGAGCUGAAACAUCGGGGACACUGGAGACCAGUGGAGGACUCUAACUGGAACCUGAAGAAAGCAGCUGUUGUCUGCAGAGAGCUGGACUGUGGCUCUGCUGUUUCUGUAGAACAGAGAGAGGAGUCCUCAGAGAGACCUGUGUGGAGGAUCUACUCUCACUGUGUUCAGUCUGGAUCUGCUCUGAGGGAGUGUGCAGCAUCAGAUACAUCAACCUCCAUUUUGAAUCUCACCUGCUCAGACUCUGUCAGGCUGGUGGGUGGGACUCGUCUGUGCUCAGGCAGACUGGAGGUGAAGUCUAACCAGUCUAACCAGUGGGGGUCCUCAGUGUGUGAAGCUGACUUUGACCUGCAGGAUGCAGAGGUGGUCUGCAGGGAGCUUGGCUGUGGGGCUCCUUCAGUCCUCCAGGGGGCGCUCUAUGGAGAAGUGGAGGCUCUAAGGUGGACCAAAGAGUUCCAGUGUGGAGGCCAUGAGUCUGCUCUCCUGGACUGUAGAAGCUCAGGCUCAGAUAGAAACACCUGCUCACCUGGCAAAGCUGUUGGACUCACCUGCUCAGAGCCUGUCAGGUUGGUGGGAGGAGACAGACGCUGUGCAGGAACACUGGAGCUGAAACAUCAGGGACACUGGAGACCAGUGAUGGUACUCGACUGGAACCUGAAGAAAGCAGCUGUUGUCUGCAGAGAGCUGGACUGUGGCUCUGCUGUUUCUGUAGGACGGAGAGAGGAGUCCUCAUUCAGACCUGUGUGGGAGAUCGACUCUGACUGUGUUCAGUCUGGAUCUGCUCUGAGGGAGUGUGCAGAAUCAACUAGAUCAACCUCCAUUUUGAAUCUCACCUGCUCAGACUCUGUCAGGCUGGUGGGUGGGACUCGUCUGUGCUCAGGCAGACUGGAGGUGAAGUCUAACCAGUGGGGGUCCUCAGUGUGUGAAGCUGACUUUGACCUGCAGGAUGCAGAGGUGGUCUGCAGGGAGCUUGGCUGUGGGGCUCCUUCAGUCCUCCAGGGGGCGCUCUAUGGAGAAGUGGAGGCUCCAAGGUGGACCAAAGAGUUCCAGUGUGGAGGCCAUGAGUCUGCUCUCCUGGACUGUAGAAGCUCAGGCUCAGAUAGAAACACCUGCUCACCUGGCAAAGCUGUUGGACUCACCUGCUCAGAGCCUGUCAGGUUGGUGGGAGGAGACAGACGCUGUGCAGGAACACUGGAGCUGAAACAUCAGGGACACUGGAGACCAGUGAAGGACUUAUAA